AUGUCAGUGGCAAUCAUGCUGUCGUGCCCCAUCCAGAUUGUCCUACUGAGUGUCGCAUUCGUAGACAUCUCAUGUGGUCGCGCUGAAUGUCUUGAUAGAGAGCCCUCUUCCCAGGCGCAUUCGCUUCCAAAGUUUUGGCGCUUGAAGGAGGCCGAAACCGAGGAAGAACAUGAAACCGCUUGGCGAAAGCUGCACCGUGCACUUCAGAGUGCAGCACGUGCCCAAGAUGGAGAAGGCCUCGUCGUCAAAAUGGAUCCUGGAAAGUUGGUGCAAAUUCAACCACCGGAUUCGGUGUGA